GGUGAAAUCAGUGACAAGACAAUGACAGAAAUUAAAAAGUGUCUACUCACUCCAUUAGAAAUUUUGAAAAAAUCAGAGGACGAGAAACACAUGAUAGUUGACUUGUGGUGUCAUUUUGGGAAAGUCUUUGUAUCCGGCGUUGAUGAAGGUAAUACAGUGCUGAGAUUUGAUUAAGGUACAUGAAGAAAUGUGGUCGUUUCCGUUGGCUGCAGAGAAGUACAAUUUUUACAAAACUUGAGACACCUUGAAAGUCCUUGCAUUUCAAAACAAAAAUUCAAGGUCUUGAUAGUUCUUGAAUUGAUGAACUGCAGAGCAUGAAAAUCUAUCAAUUUUUGUUGCUUUAGUUUUUGUUUAUUUUCUGAAAUUGUUUUACAUUAAAAACGUACAUUUUGUUGAAUUGAAUCUGUCCAUUUCUUACAAAGCUGUUUGAAGUUCAUUAAAGUGACAAUUUCUAGCGCCUUCUUUUUAGGCCUUUGGUCUUGAACUUUCCGAUUCAUGGCCUUGAAACUCCUUGAAAAGUUCUUGAAUUUUAUUCUACCUGCAAUACGUAAUUUUUCAAUUUUUCAAACUUUGUACAAAAUGUUUUUUUGUGUUCUCUACAGAAAAUGGUGGAAAGAGUAUCCUUAUAUCUUACAAUCGUUCACAUGAAUAUUAAUAGCAUCAGUUGGAAUAAAUUAAUGCACAUAGGCAUGCCGUGUAUAUGUUUAAUUCAAGCUUACCAAGAAAUUCUAUCGUGCGAAAUUAAUGGCUCGAUGCAUGCUAAAGGCUGAAAUGGUCGUCUGAUCUUCGCGUAGUUCGUGUUGUCUAUGCAUACGAAUGUGACAUUGGACGAACUCAAUUAUUACACUAUCGACAUUUCUUCUUUGACAUUUUAUAAUCCAUGUUUUAUUAUAAAAUUAUUAAUAUAUAUGACUUAUAAUAUAGAAGAAGCUAAGAAAAUCAUGACACCAGCGGAUAUCAGUGGACGACUAAUACAUACAACCAGUAGCAGUACGUUAAAGAAUAAAGACACGAAUGCCUAUUGGAAAGUUUCUUUUGAAGAAGGCGUUGAUCCAUUAGAUGACAGUGCACUUCCAAACUUCGGCGAUGAAAAUCACGAUUUUCUUGGUCUCAAGCUAGAUCACACACAGUGGCGUUACGAUUUUGACUUUAUAACUCCAUCAUGUAUGUUUACUCAUAUAUAUUGUAUUCAAAAGCGCAGUAUUUUUUUUAUCAUAUCUUUAAAGUCUGUUCGUUCACUGCAACGAACAAACUGA